CUUUGAUUAUUUCUGCAGCCAUUUAUCUGAUUUUGAACUUUGCUCUUGCCUUUUAAAACAAAGACCAAAGUUCAAAUCCUUAUGCACUUGUCAAACAUGGAGGUGAAAAAGGCUGUGGUUGGCAUGGUUUUCGUUGCAAUGAUGAGUAGCCAGGGAGUUUCUUUGGAUCUGAAGAUUGAUCAAGCCCUGGUUAUUCUGCAUAACACCCUGAGCCAGCAUAAUGUCAGCAUCCUCUACCUGUCUGAUUACUGCUACAAGUGUCUUUAUCAGGUUCUCCUGCAUGCAGGUACACAGCAAGGAGAUAGCCCGACCAAUUCCAGUGCUGUUGUGAGCGUGCUGUUUCCCCUGACAUUCCAGAUUGUUAUUGGAGAUGACCAUAACCAUUCUGUCAUUUGCAGUUAUUAUGGCUCAUAUGGAGAGUUUGGUCAUUACUCAAUCUGGGUACACAGCACUUCAAGCGAUGAAUUAAUAAGCAACCUCUUGUGCAGCUACAUCACAGACCAAGCACCUGUCAAUAGCUAUAUACCUAUCGCUGUUAUAUUUGCUGUCACUGUUGGACUGAUUUCCAUUUAUGUUACAGGAGGUUACGUGUACAGGAUGAAGUGCUUUCAGAGGUCUGUGCAGCAACUCCUCAGGUCACCGGCUCACAGCAUCAGCAUUGAACUUGCUCCUGUAAGUGACGCUGAUGCCUCAGCCAAGGCCACAAAACCCAAAUCUCGGCGAUUACGUUCCCUUGAUACUUUUCGUGGUUUGGCGCUAACUAUCAUGGUCUUUGUCAACUAUGGAGGAGGGAGCUACUGGUUCUUUGAACACGCCCCAUGGAAUGGGUUGACUGUCGCUGACCUUGUGAUGCCCUGGUUUGUUUUCAUCAUUGGUACAUCCGCAGCCCUGUCCUUCAGUGCCAUGCUCCGACGAGGUGUCCGUCGACUGCAGUUGCUGCGAAAGCUGUCCUGGCGAACCGCCAUCCUGCUUCUGAUCGGAGUGUUCUUCAUCAGCUAUGGCCCAGCAGGCGGUCCCAUAUCAUGGGAAAGGGCCAGAAUCCCAGGAGUUUUGCAGCGUCUUGGCUUCACAUAUUUUGUCAUUGCUGUGAUGGAGACCUGUUGUGCUAAAAAGGAUCUGAAACAAUACGCGGACCGUAUUUGGAGCCCGGUUAGGGAAAUACUCAUCUACUGGCCUGAGUGGAUAUUUAUCACCAUACUGGAAUUAUUAUGGCUGUGUCUAACCUUCCUUCUUCCAGUCCCAGGAUGUCCCACAGGUUACCUUGGAGCUGGAGGAAUAGGAGAUGAUGGAAAGUUCUCAAAUUGUACUGGAGGGGCAGCGGGCUAUAUUGACAAAUGGCUUCUGGGGACAAAUCACAUCUACAACUGGCCCACGUGCAAGGUGCUGUAUCACACUACUGAGCCUUUCGAUCCUGAAGGAAUCCUGGGAACAAUCAAUUCCGUUCUAAUGGCUUUUAUUGGAUUGCAGGCUGGAAAGAUCAUUCUUGCAUAUCGUCCGAACAAUUUCAGCAUCCUCAAGCGGUUUCUGAUCUGGGCCCUUUUAUUGGGAGUUUUUUCGGCGAUCCUAUCAAAAUGCAGCAGGGAGGAAGGAUUCAUCCCUGUCAAUAAGAACCUCUGGUCCCUGUCCUAUGUCACCACAUCAGGCUGCUUCUCUUUCAUCCUGCUGGGUCUGAUGUACUACAUCAUAGACAUGAAGGAGUGGUGGGGUGGGGAGCCAUUCAUCUUCCCAGGAAUGAAUUCAAUCUUCGUUUAUGUUGGACAUUCCAUACUGGGUGGAUACUUCCCAUUCAGCUGGGAAAUGAACUGGAACACCCAUGCUGAGCGCCUCCUCCAGGACCUAGUGGGCACUGCAAUUUGGGUUUUCAUUGCAUUCCUACUGUUUAGAAAGAGAUUCUUCUUGAAAAUCUAACUGGCCAGAAAUAAAUGGAUCCAAGUAAUGUGGUUUGAAUGUCAAUAAAAAUGCAUAA